UAGUUCGUUUCGAUCGUUUGCCGUUUGCGCUUCGCGCUCGCUUCCGUUGGCCAUUUCGUUUGUCCUUUUCUCCUCUGUUCCGUGAGGAGGCCGAUUGCGUGUGGUUUCCAUAUUGUUUUUCAGAGCCACAAGUGCAUUGAAGUGAAGAAAUAAUAGAUAAAGACUGAAAAUACGCUCAAACCAAACCGAAAACCGAAUUUAAUCUCAAAACAAAGCAUUCUCGAAUUUUACGAAAACUCCAGUGCAACAAGUGUGUUUGGCCGCAUAAAAAAGUGGCUGCUGCAAACACCAAACAAACAACAAACCUUUCCCGGAAAAACACCCGACUUUGUUUGCGGUGGACGUACAGUACUGCAUAACAGUUUUUCGCGCACGUGGACGUAUGCGUGACGUUUGCCGUGACGUUAUUACUUUUCAAAUUCGCCAACAAACGGCCGUCAGUGUGUAUAUGUGUGUCUGUGUGUGCAUAGUUUGAGUGUUUGAGUGUGAGUGUUUCCUUUCGGAAGUGAAAAACACCGGCCAACUAAGAGCCACAAAGCGCGACAGUUAGAGGAAGCUUCCUCACCGAGCAGUUGAACAGAACGCAUGCGUUACGGUGCGUUAGCGGGUGUUACAAAACGUUUGCUGCGGACCAGACACACGAGAGUUGUUUUUCACGUCGCCUACUCCAACCGCAAAAUGUCCAGCCAACCCAAUGCCACUUCCGGUAGCUCCUCUUCUUCCGGUAAAAUCACCAACCGUGAAAUCUACUGCCAUGGGGAGCUGCUCAAGACGGUGCAGAUGAGCGAGAUCUAUCCCGACUCGAAGACGUUCGUCGACAUGAAGAUGCGCAAGUCGCCGAACGAGACGCUUGACUCGUUCCACGAGUUUAUGGUCGCGCAGGACAACAGCCCGUCGAAGGCGAAGCUGAAGGAGUGGGUGGAAUCGAACUUUGAGAAGCCCGGGGCUGAGUUUGAAAACUGGACGCCGGACGACUGGACCGCAAGCCCGAAAUUCCUCGCGCGCAUCAAGGACGAAGAUUUGCGCGGUUUCGCCUCCGAACUGAAUAAGAUCUGGCACUCGCUCGGCCGUAAGAUGACGUCGGAUGUGGCGCUCAAUCCGGACCUCUACUCGAUCAUCCACGUGGACCAUCCGGUAAUCGUGCCGGGUGGACGGUUCCGCGAGUUCUACUACUGGGACUCGUACUGGAUCGUCAAGGGGCUGCUGCUGUCCGAGAUGUACAGCACCACCAAGGGCAUGCUGGAGAACUUCCUGUCGAUCAUCCAGCGGUACGGGUUCAUCCCGAACGGGGGCCGCAUCUACUACAGCAUGCGCUCGCAGCCGCCGCUGCUGUGCGGCAUGGUCAAGUCGUACGUCGACGCCACCAACGACACCAAGUUCGCGAUGGACAGCGUGGAAACGCUCGAGCGCGAGUUCCAGUUCUUCAUGAACAACUACGUGACGGAGGUGAACAACCACCAGCUGGCGACGUACGGCUACAAGUCGAGCGGGCCGCGCCCCGAAUCGUACCGCGAGGACGUGCUGAGUGCGGCCAUCUUCCAGCGGGAGGAGGACAAGCAGGACUACUACUGCGAGCUGAAGGCGGCCGCCGAAAGUGGGAUGGACUUUUCCAGCCGCUGGUUCAUCAAGGACGGCACGAACGCGGGCAACCUGACCGACCUGAAGUGCCGCUCGAUCGUGGCGGUCGAGCUGAACGCGAUCCUGUAUUGGAACGCGCUGAUCAUUGCCGAGUUCUACGGCUACCGGAACGACAUUGGCUCGAUCGCGAAGAAGGAAGAGUACCUGGCCAAGGCGGACGAGCUGAAGAAAGCGAUCAAUGCGGUGCUGUGGGACGAGCAGGAAGGGGCGUGGUUCGAUUACGAUCUGAUCAACAAGAAGCUGCGCAAGUACUUCACGCCGACCAACCUGUCGCCGCUCUGGGUCGGCUGCUACGAUCGGGAGGACAAGGAGCUGCCGAAGCGCAUCCUGGCGUACAUCGACCGGCUGCAGCUCGACCGCUAUCCGGGCGGUGUGCCGAACACGCUGCAAAACACCAACGAGCAGUGGGACUUCCCGAACGUGUGGGCCCCGAUGCAGCACAUGCUCGUAAUGGGGCUCGAUUCGCUGGAGAAUGCGGAAGCGAAGGAGCUGGCCUUCAGCUGGGCCCAGCGCUGGGUCCGGGGGAACUACCUAACCUACAACAAUACGCAUUCCAUGUUCGAAAAGUACGAUGCGCAAGAGCUCGGUGGACAUGGCAGUGGUGGUGAGUACGAAGUCCAGACCGGCUUCGGCUGGACCAACGGUGCCGCAAUGGAUCUGAUGAACAAGUACGCCGACAGACUGACGACAGUGGAUGCUGCGGAACAACCGGAAGACAAUGGAAACGGUGCGCUGGUAGCAUACUCCAUCAAUACCGGCAUUAUUGCCACACUGUUAGCAUUCUUCGUUGGAGUCUUCGGCAUAUUCCGAAGGUUUUUCGGCCGAUGAUGAGCUGUAUUUGAUGUGCCGAGAAGUAUUUGAUGUUGUCGUAAUUGUACUAAAUAAA